AUGUCCGAUUUCCUGGGCACGAAACUGACCAACCACGACGUGAGUGAAGUGAGGAGGGAGUUUCGCAAAAAGAGGAAGCACAGCCACUACGAUGAGCACGACUUUUAUGUGUACUACAGAAAUUUGCUAGCGGAGGAAAGGAAGAAGAGGGAGAAGCGCGAAAGCAGUAAAAGGAGGAAGGAAAAGCAGCAGGCAGAGGCAGAGGACGAAUUCAAGCCCUGCAAUUACCUAUCCAGCAGGUACAAACGGAAAGAAGAUGUAACCAAAAAAGGGUUAUAUGACUACAUCGAUGAGGAGGAUAGCAUAUAUGAGGAUAUAAUUACCAGUGCGCACUUUGAUGAUAAGGCCAAUUACGCAGAUGAUGACCUCCGGUUUAGCUUUUUCAACGAGAGUGUGUCCUACGCCCUGCUAAGAAACAACAAUUAUAUUGAUGGCAUUCCCAUCGGAAUAGACAUGAAAGUGGCAAACAAGUAUAUAGAGGAAGAUGUACCUAAGGGGAGCGGCGCCGAAACGAUUGCUAAACAGGAUUGCCUCGCAUCGAGGGGCACUCCUACACAUGUUACUCCCCCCCCUGAUGAAGAGCCAAACGCACAGGGUGGGAAGAACUGCGCAGAGUCCAACCACGAUGUUAUCCUCAAAGGGGACUCUUCCAAAAGGCGAAAUCCGAUAGGCCCCAAACUGCCAAAAAUUUUCGAACAAAUUAGACACAAGAUAGAAGAACAAACGCACACAAAGGAGAGGAGCGAAAAUGCCUAUAUAAACAUUUUAUCUUCUCGAAAUCGCCUCAUUUCCAUCAAAAUGGAAGAACAGAAGGCGUUUGAAAAGUUAAUUAAAGAGAUAUAUAAGCCAAAGAAUAACUUCGAAGGGGCCUUUUAUAAAAAGAACCAAAACAGUAUUGACCAAGUGAAGAAGCGCGAAUUUGAUCGCCUGCGGAAGGAUUUCCUUUUACUGCACCGAAGGGGCAUCCACGAUGAGGGGUCAAUCGCCAAACACGCACAGAUCGAAAUGACAGCAACAGGGAGGAGGCAAACGUUUGGGCAGACGGAUUAUGAAGACUAUUCGGAUAGCUCCCUAGAAAAUGUAUACCCAAGUUCAGCACGGCGAAACGAAAAGAAGGGUCACGGCAUGCUGCUCGACAGGAAGAGCAGACAAAGCGAAGACCGUUGCAUAAUCCCAUACAGUAGCCUCAGCAUUGAUGUAGACAGCGGUGAGGAGGACGCCUUCGUUUUGUAUAACCCAGGGGAGCAUCAAGCGGAAGAAAUGCUACUACUUCGGUCCAAAUUUUAUCGUUCACUUUUUGGGAGCACACAGGUGGGGAAGCCUGACAGAGGAGCCCUUGCAGACGAGAUUGAAGAUCUGAACGUGAGAUAUGCAAAGCUAAUUAACCCCAACAUGGAGGUGAAGCUGAGCAAAAGCGAGUUACUCGAAUUGUAUGCGCCCAAGAAGAGCUGGGUGCAAAGCGGGCGUCCUUUAACGCGCGAGGAGGAGGAGGCGCAAAACGAAAUCUACGUGUUGAAAAAUAAAAUUAAUUUUAACAACGACUUGAAGAAGAGGCAUAGGUUUUAUUUUUACUGCAGAGUGAAGGAGGGGAGGAUGGAUGCGGAUGGGAGGAUGGAUGCGGGUGGAAGGACGAAUGCGGAUGGGAGGAUGGAUGCGGGUGGAAGGACGAAUGCGGAUGGGAGGAUGACUACUGAUGGGAGGAUAAAUCCGGAUGGAAGCGUGAGCAGACGCGUGGACAACAUCCUGAGCGCACCGGAGAGGGCAGAAUUUGAAGAACUCAUGGGGAAGCUAAAACGUUAUUACCUCGACUUUUACAACAGAGAAAUUGCCAACGAGGAUGUGAACACCAACUUUCAGAUUCAGGAAUACCAGUUUGCCAAAUGUCUCUACGAGAAGUUAGGCAUUUCGGACCCUUCCGCGGGGGACCACAGUGGCGCAGAAGCGGAGCGGUCCAUCGUCGACGAUUUUUUGAAAAUCCCGCAGUUCGUUUUUGAUGCCAUUUUUUGCGCAUAA